UAAAUGUAGCUAUGCUAUAUUCAUAUUAGGCAACAAUACGUGCUUGUUCAUAAUAUAAGAUAAACUAUCUUGUCAUUGUGUGUAUAGGUCACAUUGUUGUAUUCUUUAUUAGAGACAUCAAGCAAAACUUGGACUAUACGGAGUUUGUUUUAAAACAUGUCAAAGUGGGGACGUUUUCAUAUUGUCGGUCUUUGGGCGACAUUCGUAGUUUUUCUUGCGAUUUCGAGAUCAUCUGGAACAUUUGUGAGAACCGUGGCGACCCCAAGAGCUCAGGAGACGCAGAGGGUACAGAGACGGACGGCGGCCAGGUAUCAUUACGCAACCGUGAGUUACCAGCCAUAUACCGGUUCAUGGAGGACGACUACUAUAAAACCGAAAUAUAAACACCAUCUAAAGGUGUCUAAGGGAAAGAAACAUUCGAAAUACGCGUCGAAUGGAGCGUUUCAGCUAAAUGGGCCCAACGUGUGUGGAGACAGAUGCUGCUCAGGAUGGAACAUCUCUCCCAAGACCAACAAGUGCACCAAGCCGAGGUGUCUUCCCAGAUGUCAUAACAACGCGGUCUGCAGACAUGCGAACGUGUGUGAGUGCCGGCAUGGCUUCCACGGCCCUCGCUGUGAGUUUACCAGUGUGACCUACGCCCUGACUGGCCUCCCCUGGGGAUACUUCAGACCCACCAGCCACCCUCUGGUCAGGACUGUUCCUGGGCCAAACACCUCCAACCAGCCCCUGAACCAACCAACCCAGCCUCCAAGGACUGAAACCCAGCCUCCAACUACCACAACCCAGCCUCCAACUAAGCCAAACCAGCCUCCAACUAAGCCAAACCAGCCUCCAAUCACAACUCCCCAGCCUUCAUCUGCCCCCACCCAGCCUUCAACCACAACUCCCCAGCCUCCACCAACCCAGCCUCCAACAACCCCUACCCCUAUCAGAACCCCCACCCAGUCUCCAACCGUCACCCUUUCCCUAACCUCAGCCCCAGCCCUAGCCACCACCCCCAUCCCACCUCCAGCCAGCCUCCAGGCCUCAGCCCCUUCCCAGGCCUUCUCUACCCCUCCAGCACCCUCCCAGCCCCCUCCUCCAGCUGGGGGGACUGAAGGGCCAGGAGGCAGCCCGCCCAGCCCCCCUCCUCCAGGGGCUGAGAAGAAGCAGUACAGUGUCCGCUGGCAGCCACUCAGUCUGAAGGAGGCCCAGGCUGUGCUGUUGAAGAAGGCUCUGUCGCAUGGGGGGCGGGGCAACAACAUGGCCGCCCUCCUGAUGAAACACAUCGAAUCAGAGAGGAAGAAACUCAGCUCGUCCGCUCCCUCGGCUUCCGCCUCUUCAUCCUCCUCUUCCUCGGCCCAGCAGGAAGCCAGGACCAGGGUGAAGAGCUUCCACACUCAGAAGGGCCAGUACAGCAUCCACAUCACCAGUCCUGCAGCCGGCGGACAGGCCCCUGUCCACCACCAGCCACGAGGAGGAGGAAGAGCGGAGCGCAUCAAGGUGCUCUUCACGCCGACCGUGUGCAAGGUGCGCUGCAGCCAGGGUCGCUGCACCAACUUCUGCGAGCGUGGGAACGUGACCACGCUGUACAACAGCGAGCUGCCGGGCGACGCCACAGGAAGCCACUCAGGGGCCGGCUUCAGAGUCUUCUUGUGUCCGAUGCUGUGCAAGAACGGGGGCGUGUGCAUCCAGAAGGACCGCUGUCUGUGCCCGCCCACCUUCACUGGCAAGUUCUGUCACAUCCCCAUCACUUCCUCCUCCUCAACCAAUGACAUUGAGAAGCCGCCGUCCAGCCCCGCCGUGCUGUCCAAUGGGGAGUUUCUGACCCAGUCGGAGUACAUCCUCCCCCUUGGCAGCCAUCCAAUCGGGCAGAACCUGACCAGGAGCCAGAGCCAGUCUGGAGCUCCUGUGUCCGGCUCAUCCAUGGUAAAGGUGCGUGUUCAGCACCCUGCCGAGGCCUCAGUGAAGAUACACCAGGUCUUGAAGGUGGGCUACGGCCCCAAUGGCAGGGAGCACUCAGAGACCGUCACCUGGUCUUCCGGACCCUCGGGGUCGAGAACCAGCGUCGUGCAGGGAGAGAGGUCCGAGGCGGAGCCGCCAUCUCGGGUCCAGUCUGCCAAGGUCCAGUCCCAGCCUCCUAAGGUCCAAGCCCAAACCCUGAGGGGAGAGAGAACCUACACAGAAGCUUCUGGGUUCAAGUACUGCUUCAGAGAGGUCCGCAAUGGACAGUGCAGCUCCCCCCUCCCUGGACUCAGGAGCCAAGACAUCUGCUGUCGGGGGCUAGGCAAGGCCUGGGGUAUCAACGAGUGUGUUCUCUGUCCCCCUAAUGCAGGAAGUUGGGUGAAUAACAGCUGUCCAACAGGGUUUGAGAGGAUCAAUGGCACUCAGUGUGUUGAUGUGAAUGAGUGUUUGCAGCCGGGCUUCUGUGAGAACGGGAACUGUGUCAACACUAGGGGCAGCCACAGUUGUGUCUGCAAGACGGGGUUCAUUCUGGACGCCUUGCACAGCAUCUGCAUCUCCCAGAACGUGAUCUCGGAGGUGAAGGGUCAGUGCUACCGCGUGUUGGAUUCUGGCCGGGGCCCUGGUUCUUGCUCCCUGCACAUCCUGAAGAACAUCACCAAGCAGAUCUGCUGCUGCAGCCGCGUGGGCAAGGCCUGGGGCCAGGACUGUGAACGCUGCCCCUACUUUGGAUCAGUGGGUUUCAAAGAGAUCUGUCCAGCGGGACCGGGCUACCACUACUCUGCCUCGGCCAUCCAGUUCAACCAGCGCGUGGCAGAGCAGCACGGCACAGGAGGGCCCCCUGUGGUGCCCUCUGGAGGGGGCUCUGCCACCCCGCAGCAACCUGCAAGUGGUGGCCAGGCUAGGCCAUUACAGCCUGCAAGUACCGGCUCCAACCAGCAUGCAAGUGGUGGCCACACCAGGGCGCAACAACCUGCAAGUGGCGGCCAGAGUAGGACACAACAGCCUGCAAGUACCGGCUCCAACCAGCCUGGAAGUGUCGGCCAGGCUAGGCCGUUACAGCCUGCAAGUACCGGCUCCAACCAGCCUGUCAGCUCUGGCUCUACCAGAACACAACACCCAACCGGUAGUGGUUCAGCUUCCACACCAACCAGGCCCCAACAUCCAUCCAGCACAGGCUCACAGACCACUCCACUGCGGCCUCUGCAGCCAUCUAGCAGAGGUCUUCCCCCCCUGCAAACUAGGCCCCAGGCUCCAGCCGGCACAGGGUCCCAGCCCACCCAGAUCAAGCCUGGUAAUGGCGGUUCUCUCCUCCUAGAAACCAGCCCUGCACAACCAUCCAGCAGUGGGUUACCCUCUCCUCCAACCAGGCCUCAGCAACCCUCCAGGACCAGCCUGCUCCAGCCCCAGCAACCCCUCAGCAGAGGCUCUCUGACCCCGAGCAAGCCUCCACUCCCUGCCUCCUCCUCCACAGCCAGACCUGCCAGAGUAACAGCUCGUCCUCCCACCCAGACCCACCGUCCUUCAGGGGACCGGCGACCUGUUUCUCCUGUCACACAAAGACCAGACGUACCUAGGCCAGUGCGGGGUGUGUGCGAGACCAGGUCUCAGGUGUGUGGGCGCGGGCGUUGUGUGGACCAGCUUGGAGGCAGACACAUCUGUGUUUGUGAUGAGGGUUACCAGCCCUCUGCCCUGCAGACGUACUGCCAAGACGUAGACGAGUGCAGGAGAUCCCCCCCUCCCUGUGGAGGCGGAAGGUGCCAGAACACUGAGGGGAGCUACAGGUGCAUCUGUCCCGCAGGGUACAACUCUGAUCCACAGGGCACUAGCUGUAGUGACGUGGAUGAAUGUCAGCAGGCUCCUAGCCCCUGCCCCAACGGUCGCUGUGACAACACACCUGGGAGCUUCAAGUGUGUGUGUCGCCCUGGAUACAAGCUGGAGGGCAAUGCCUGCACAGAUGUGGAUGAGUGUGAGGAUCCUCUCAGGUGUCCAGGUCAGGAGUGUGUUAACUCUGCAGGCUCGUACAGGUGUUUGUCCUGCCAGCCAGGCUUUGGCCUGCUCAACGGGCAAUGUUCAGAUAUAGACGAGUGUCGUCAGAGCCCCUGUGCCAACGGCCGCUGUGAGAACACACCUGGGAGUUUUAAGUGUGUGUGUCGGACCGGGUACAAACUGCAGGGGAACACCUGCACAGAUGUGGAUGAGUGUGAGGAUCCUCUCAGGUGUCCAGGUCAGGAGUGUGUUAACUCUGCAGGCUCGUACAGGUGUUUGUCCUGCCAGCCAGGCUUUGGCCUGCUCAACGGGCAAUGUUCAGAUAUAGACGAGUGUCGUCAGAGCCCCUGUGCCAACGGCCGCUGUGAGAACACACCUGGGAGUUUUAAGUGUGUGUGUCGGACCGGGUACAAACUGCAGGGGAACACCUGCACAGAUGUGGAUGAGUGCCUGGAGCCGUCCCAGUGCCCAGGACAGACCUGCGUCAACUCUCAGGGCUCGUACAGGUGUGUGUCCUGCAAGCCUGGCUUCCAGCUCACACACAGACAGUGCACAGACGUAGAUGAGUGUUCCCAGACUCCCUCUCCGUGUGCCAACGGUCGCUGUGAGAACCUCCCAGGGAGCUACACGUGCGCGUGUCAGACUGGCUACAGCCUGCAAGACAACACCUGCAAGGACGUGGAUGAAUGUGGGAACGCCCUGCAGUGUCCGGGCCAGGAGUGCGUCAACUCUCAGGGCUCCUUCACGUGUGUGGCCUGUAAGUCUGGCUUCCAGCUCACAGACGGACAGUGUUCAGAUGUUGAUGAGUGUGGACAGAAGCCCUGUACUAACGGCCGCUGUGAGAACACACCUGGCAGUUUCAAGUGUGUGUGUCGGACAGGCUUCAUACUGCAAGACACCAACUGCACGGACAUAGAUGAGUGUGCUGAGCCGUCCCAGUGCCCGGGGCAGGAGUGUGUGAACUCGGGGGGCUCAUACAGGUGUGUCCCCUGCAGGGCUGGACACAGUGUGAGGGCUGGGGUGUGCUCAGAUGUAGAUGAGUGUGAGCAGGCCCAGGCGUGCUCUUCGGACAGGGUGUGUGUGAACACGGACGGAUCGUACCGCUGCGACUGCCAGCCGGGGUACAGGACCACCGGGCCGGGACGACACUGCCGAGACAUCAACGAGUGUCUGGAGGGCUCCUUCUGCUUCCCGCAGGGCGAGUGUGUGAACGUGCUGGGCUCCUACAGCUGUAUGUGUGCCCAGGGUUACACCACCUCCGCUAACGGCACCACCUGUCAGGAUGUGGACGAGUGUGCCAGGCCAGACGUGUGCCAGGACGGCCGCUGUGUUAACACCGAGGGCUCCUUCCUGUGCCGGUGCCAAGCUGGCUUCACCACCAGCCCAGAGAGCAACGCCUGCCUGGACGUGGAUGAGUGUGUGGACUCGGGCGGCGCAGUGUGUGGCUCACAGCGAUGUGACAACACCAUUGGCUCGUACCGCUGCGUGACAUCCUGUGAGCCCGGGUACCGUGCCACACGCACCGGCGAGUGUGUCGAUAUAAACGAGUGUGCUAAUGAGACAGUGUGUGGGGAGCAUGCCUUCUGCCAGAACCUGAUUGGAACCUUCCAGUGUGUGUGUGACCGAGGCUACACCUCCAGCAGCGAUGGGAAGGCCUGCUUGGAUGAGGACGAGUGUGAGACCAUGCAGGGGGUGUGUGGCGCGGCUCGCUGCGAGAACGUGGACGGCUCCUUCAUGUGCGAGUGUCCGGAGGGGGCGGAGUUUGACACGCGGUCAGGCCAAUGUGUCACCAGGCCCCUCCCAGGACGACCCACGUUUACCGGCUCCUCGUCCUCCUCGUCCGCCUCCCUGCCCCGCCAGCCUGGACGAGGGGCGGAGGCGGGCUCACUAGCGCCCCCGCGGCCGGGCGAGGUCAGGGAGUGUUACUACAACGUGGCAGACGAGGGCUCCUGCAGCCGGCUGAGCCUCAACACCACCCAGCAGGAGUGCUGCUGCACCCUGGGACAGGGCUGGGGCCUGGGCUGCCAGUUCCACCCCUGCCCUCCGCUGGGCACUGCGGAGCACUUGUCGCUGUGCCCCAGUGGACAGGGGUACUUGACAACUGGACCUGGGGCUUUCAGCUACAGAGACGUUGACGAGUGUAAGCUGUUCCACCCGGAGGUGUGCAAGAGCGGGGUGUGUGUGAACAACAUCCCGGGGUACUCCUGCUACUGCCCCAGUGGCUACUUCUACGACACCACCCUGCUGGAGUGUGUAGAUACUAAUGAGUGUGAGGAGGAGGAGAGCUGUCCAGGAGGGAUCUGUGUGAACACGGUGGGCUCCUACUUCUGUACCUGUGAGCCCCCCCUGGUGUUGGACGACUCACAGCGCAACUGUGUCAACACCACCGGCCUGACUGUCGAUGAGAACCUGUCGUUCUGUUGGCAGCACGUGACAGCGGACCUGGUGUGUCAGAGCCCCCUGCUGGGGGGUCAGGUGACCUUCACCGAGUGCUGCUGUCUGUACGGGGAGGGCUGGGGUCUGCAGUGUGCCCUCUGCCCCGCUAGAGACUCUGAGGACUUCGAGGGCCUGUGCAACAUGUUGAGGCCCCCACCCUUUGCCCCCCCCUUUCCUGACCGCUACGGCCCCGACUUAGGACCGAGACUGGGGCCAGGACCGGGGCUGGGGCCAGGACCGGGGCUGGGGCCGAGGCUGGGACCAGGAGGGGGCUACCCUUACGGCCCGGACACCUUCCCAGAGCCCCUCCCUGGAAGACCGGACUUCCUGCCCCCUGGGCCGGACUAUGACGACUACUCCCCACCAGGGGGCGGUGGAGUAGGCUUCAGAGAGAGGCCUCCUGGGUCAUACGACUCCUACAGCGGCCCCGAGGGGCCCUUCAGACGGCCAGCCUACCUACCCGAGGGUUACUAUGACGGAGGGGACUACGGCUCCCCAGACUCCGCCCCCAGACCCCCGUACCGCGUGGCCGACCCUCGGUCGGAGCGGGCCUUUGGGGCGCGGCCCCCCCCCCCCCAUCCCCGAGGGCCUGCCCCUCAGCCUGGCCCCCCUCCCCGGGGGCCCACGCUACGAGGACGAGGAGGAGGAGGAGCCCUGGAGACCUGGACCCCCUUUCUCCGAGAGGCGUCCGGGGGGGGAGGGGCCUCGCAGGGCCUAUGAGAGGCACUACGAGCCGUACGCGGGGCUGAGCAGCGAGGACUGUGGCAUCGUGCGGGGCUGUGAGAACGGCAGGUGCAUCCGGGUGGCCGAGGGCUUCACCUGCGACUGCUACGAGGGCUACCGGCUGGACAUGACCUCC